AUGUCAUGCGGCCGUGGAGUAGUAACUUGUAAAGUCACUGCAUCUUUCCCUCUGCUCCGUUUCCAAUGUGUGACCUUGAGGAGUGUGGGUGGCCAGGACGGAAAGGGUCACAGGUUGCAGCCUAACCGCAAGCUUCACACCGAGAGAGUUAAAAGUAUGUUUCAGCUGCUUCUGCCACAGAUCCGGGUAGAUUUUAUCUUGCGAGGAGGGACAUUCAGCAGCCUCCUUGGAGCAGGUUGCUUGAUGCACUGCUUCAGCCAUUUUAUAGAAAACUUCCGGUUGAUGCUACAGGAGGAUGGCACUGUGGGGCUGCAGUGUCGCAGUAGUGGUAGGGGCCUUGGGGUGUGGACCGGGCUCACCCCCAACGGGGGAGGUGGGGAACAGGGCCAGGUUCACAUAGUGUCAGGAGUCUAG